AUUCUGGGGCAGCACAUUAACGACUUCAUCCUUCCUGAUGUUAACCUGAUUGGAGAGCACGCUGAUGCUGCAGAGCUUGGGAGAAUGCUUCAGCUUAUUUUGGGAUGCGCUGUAAACUGUGAACAGAAGCAAGAGUACAUCCAGACGAUAAUGAUGAUGGAAGAAUCGGUUCAACAUGUUGUCAUGACAGCCAUCCAGGAGUUGAUGAGUAAAGAGUCUCCAGUCUCUCUUGGAAAUGAUGCUUACAUUGACCUUGAUCGGCAGCUGAAGAAAACUACAGAAGAAUUAAAUGAAGCACUCGCAGCAAAAGAAGAAAUUGCCCAGAGAUGUCAUGAGUUAGACAUGCAGGUUGCAGCACUCCAGGAGGAGAAGAGCAGCUUGCUUGCUGAGAAUCAAAUUUUGAUGGAACGUUUAAAUCAGUCUGAUUCUAUUGAAGAUCCCAACAGCCCUGCAGGUCGUAGGCACUUCCAGCUGCAGACACAACUGGAACAACUCCAAGAAGAAACAUUCAGAUUAGAAGCUGCCAAAGACGACUAUCGAAUACGCUGUGAGGAACUAGAGAAGGAAAUUGCUGAACUGAGGCAACAAACGGAAGAGCUUACUACAUUGGCAGAGGAGGCUCAGUCUUUGAAGGAUGAGAUUGACGUACUCAGGCAUUCUUCUGAUAAAGUAGCCAAGUUAGAAAGCCAGGUAGAGUCCUACAAAAAGAAAUUGGAAGAUCUGGGUGAUUUGCGACGGCAAGUGAAACUCUUAGAAGAGAAGAAUACAGUGUACAUGCAAAAUACUGUGAGCCUGGAAGAAGAACUAAGGAAGGCCAAUGCAGCACGCAUUCAACUGGAAACAUACAAGAGACAGGCAGUUGAACUACAAAACAGGUUAUCUGAAGAAUCCAAGAAAGCUGAUAAAUUAGAUUAUGAAUGCAAACGACUGAAAGAAAAAGUAGACAGCCUCCAAAAAGAAAAAGAUAGAUUAAGAACAGAAAGGGAUUCUUUGAAAGAAACUAUUGAAGAGCUUAGAUGUGUACAAGCUCAGGAGGGUCAGCUCACCACUACAGGAUUGAUGCCCCUGGAAGGACAAGAGCCUUCAGACAGUUUAGCAGCAGAAAUCAUUACUCCAGAAAUAAA